AUGCUCCAUGGUAUGCAGCGCCUGCGGCAAGUGCGGCAACAGGUUCGUCGCCCUCGUCCAAGCAACGCGCGCCACCACGGCCAAGUGUCUACCACUAACCCUUUGUGCCUGUCCAGUGUCGCGACCCGUAUCGCCUAUGCCCUCAUCCUCCUAGUCAACUCGAUUGUCGCCUGGAUCAUGCUCACGCCGUGGGCCAUUGAGAAGCUGCAGCAUCUCAUGCUCGACUACGUCAAGAUCAACUGCCCCAACGGCGAGUGUUACGGCUGGCUCGCAGUGCACCGCAUCAACUUUGCCCUCGGCGUCUUCCACCUCGUCCUCGCCGGCCUGCUCUUUGGCGUCGCCUCCUCCAAGGAGCCCCGCGCGGCGCUGCAAAACGGCUACUGGGGCCCCAAGGUCAUCGCCUGGGUCGCCUUUGUCGUCAUGUCCUUUCUCAUCCCUGACGAGUUCUUCAUGUUCUGGGGCAACUACGUGGCGCUGAUUGGCGCCAUGCUGUUUCUUCUCCUCGGUCUCAUUCUCCUUGUCGACUUGGCACACGGCUGGGCCGAGUACUGCCUCGCCAAGAUUGAGGACACCGAUUCGCGGCUCUGGCGCACCGUCCUCAUCGGCUCCACGCUCGGCAUGUACGCCGCCUCCCUAGCCAUGACAAUUGUGCAGUACAUCUUCUUCGCCGGGUCGGGUUGCUCCAUGAACCAGGCCGUCAUCACCAUUAACCUCGUCUUCUGGCUCAUCAUAUCCGUCAUCUCGGUCAACCCCACCAUCCAGGACCAUAACCCCAAGGCUGGUCUCGCCCAGGCUGCCAUGGUAGCCGUUUACUGCACCUACCUCACCAUGUCCGCUGUCUCCAUGGAACCCGAUGACAAGCAGUGCAACCCGCUCCUCCGUGGCCGCGCGACCCGCCGCACCUCGGUCGUCCUCGGCGCCAUUGUCACCAUGCUCACCAUUGCCUACACGACGACCCGGGCCGCCACCCAAAACUUUGGCCUAGGCAGCGGCCACAGCGUUCGCUUGCCCGAUGACGACGAGCAUGACCUCGUCACUCAGCAGCCCGGCGGCAGACGCGAAAUGCGCGCCGAGGCCCUCCGCCGCGCCGUCGAGGAGGGCAGCCUUCCCGCUGACGCCCUCCUCUCCGAUGACGACGACGACGAGUCGGGCAGCAACACAGCACACGAUGACGAGCGCUCCCGCACCCAGUACAACUACUCCAUGUUCCACAUCAUCUUCUUCCUCGCCACAACGUGGGUCUCGCUCCUCCUCACCCUCAGCCACGAAACGGCCGUCGAGCCCAACAGCGACUUUGCCAGCGUCGGCCGCACCUACGCCGCCAGCUGGAUUAAGAUUGUGAGCGCCUGGCUGUGCCACGGCAUCUACAUCUGGAGCCUGGUCGCACCCGUGGUCCUUCCCGAGCGCUUCGACUUUGCCUAG